GGUCCAUGAAAGUUGCAGUGCUUGCAUUAGCCAUCCUUUACAUGUCUUCAACAAUGGCUCAAGCUAGGGCUAACUUAGCUGAACUAGUUGCUGCUUUUGGGGUCAAUACUGACCCAGCUAGGGCUCAAGCUUCUCUAAGAGGUGAUGAUGUUUGCUGCAACUAUUGCGCUCAACCGCUGAUUUAUCCACGUCCCGAUUGGUGCAUUUGCUUCCAAGUGUUUGAGUCUUGCCCCAAGUGGUGCGGAUCGUGCGAGUGCUUGGGGGGAUGCAGAUGCAUUGGUCAGGUAAAAGUUGAAGAAGCACAGUGCAAGGAUGCCACCAAAAUGAUGCUGCCAAACUAUAAUGUUAAAGUCCUCACGUCUUAAUCCCUAGUACGAUUUCAAGCCC